CCCCGGGGGGGGGGGGGUUGUGUGGGUCGUCCCUCCUUUCGCGGUCAUGCCGCCGCUCUGAGCCAUGGGCGCCAGCGGCUCCAGGUCUCGAGGCCUCUGGCUCUUUGGCUCGGGUGGGCCAGGGGGCUCCGAGAGGCCGAGCGGCGAUCAGGCGCUGGCCCGAGCGCGGGGACUCUGCUCAGCCACCCCUUUCGUCUUCACCCGCCGCGGCUCUAUGUAUUAUGAUGAGGAUGGUGACCUUGCCCAUGAGUUUUAUGAGGAGACAAUCAUCACCAAGAAUGGGAGGAAGCGUGCCAAGCUCAAAAGAAUUCACAAGAACCUGAUACCUCAGGGCACAGUGAAACUGGAGCACCCUCGGAUUCAUGUGGACUUCCCUGUUAUCAUCUGUGAGGUCUGAGCCAUGAGAAAGUUACUGUGUGCUGUCAGUACUUCUUAUUUGCCUGGUUUUACUGUACCUCAUGUAAACCAUACUAGACAGCCACAUAUCCCUGCAGAGGAUGAAUUGGGAGCACAAACGGACAGCGGGCUUUGAUGCUUCUCUGCUUGGAGGCAGUGAUAGCAAUUGCAGCACUGGGUACAUCUCUGACUAUCAGGCAUAAUAUUGUCUAAGGAUGUAUAUUAGUGGGACCUGUGUUAGAUGAGAAAUCAGGCCUUGAUUAGAAGCCUGCUCAAAAUUUCUUUCACUGAGUCAACUAAAACCUUUUUAUCAGCUGCUAAUUGAUGCUUAGGUGGCAGCAGAUGUCAAGUAUCUUGACACCAGAGAGCCAAUUUGCACUUUUUUUCGAACAGAUGUUCUGUGUGAAUACCCCAGGCAACUUCUACAAAAGUUGAUAGUGAAAUUUCAAUGUAUUUCUUCAAGAUGAGUAAAGGUGAGCAGAAAACCUACUAUGCUUCCUUAUCCACCCACCCAUUUACCUUAUAAGCCUAGGCUGAAAAACUAAUGCUGUACUAUUUCUUUGUGGAAGCAGGGAGAGUAAUAUUGCACUUAAUAAACUGUUCAAAAUCGAAUCAGUCUUGAAGUGGUCAUGGGAAACAGACCAACAAGUAGGCUUUCCUCUCUCUAUUAUAUCUCCCUUGCGAGUUGCACUACCUUCUUUGUAGGUUUUGUUUUUUUCAACUUUGCAGGUUGGACUGAAGGUGUGAAGUAGCAUCUGGAUAUGAAGCUUUUCUGUUAAAGCUCACCAAACAGAUUACAUCUUAGGAAGCAUUUAUCUUUCAAGAGGGCAUUGUGAAACUACGUCAUCCUUCCCUAACCUAGAGCCCUCCAAUAAAUAUUAGACCAUGGUGACUGUAGGGCCAGUGACUCUGGUAACUGGACGUGAUGAGAUUCAUAGUCCAGGACCUCCUCUGGGGAGCCCCAUAUUGGAAGAACUGACUUCUCUCUCCAUUCUUGUGGUAGAAUGACUUGUUCAUCUAUUGGUUUCCCAUGUUAUGCAUGGAGAACCUCCACCUGUGGUCCUCCAUAUGUUGCUGAAUUGCAGUUUCAAGCAUCCUCCACCAUCAGCCAUGUUCUCUGGGAUUGCUGGAGAGCCAAAGGUUUCCAUCUCUCUCUUAGGUUUAUUCUGUCACUACUAAGACAACUUUAUUUUGGUCAAGAUGUUUGCCACCUAAUUUGGCUGUGUGUUUUUCUCUUCGUCUCCCUCUGCCAGCAAAUAAUAAUAAUAAAAUCCUGUGAUCUUCCUUUGGCAGACUCCUUGGAUUGGACCAAGUAGUGUCUGAUGGGGGAGAAUGCAGCACACUUCAAAGGAAGGUUAUAUCUUUUCUAUUUUGAAGGGCCUUACCCUUCUCCCUGAUGUAUGAAUGUGAAAUGUUUUGCUAUGGUACUAGUACCUGUGCAAGUACUGAAGCAGCUUGUCUGCUUCUUCAUCCCCUCUUCACAACAUAGAGCUACCUGCUGCUGAGAUGUGAUCAGGCAAACCCUCUUAAAGGCACUCUUAUGAAGAGGCUUUCAUAUGCAAUGUACAGCCAAAAGAUCCUUGCCUGCCUGCCUGCCUUUUUUACCCACUCAUCAGAAUGUGUAUUAAGCUUUACAACUGGAGUGUGGGUGGGUUCAUUGCACAUCAUACUUUCUUUUCCAGAGCAUGUCAUUGCCUUUCGGAGCACUUCAGGCAUUGCUACCUCAAUGUUCAGUAUAAUCAGCUUGUACACAUUUGCAUCAGCAAUAUUAAUAAGCUACUGUUGUACAUCCCUUCAUCUCUGCCCAUGCAAGGAAACCAUUUUUAAGCAUUAAAAGCCUAAGUAGAAGAGUCAUGGAAUGUGUAUAGCAAUGCUGACAGAGGUCUACCUAUUCACUCUCUUAUCUUUGCCCCUCUUAGCUGCAAGUCUGUGAUCUGUAUUAGGAGCGGUACGUGGAGCAUAGCUGUUCCCAUUUGUUUCCUCGGUUGCCAUUGCUUUGCCAUGCAGACCUCAGGUUAUGAAUUUACAGUUGUACAGUUAUCUGUGAAUAGAAAGUGCAUAACCAUCCAACACUGAGUCUUGUUCUUUCCUCCAUUGUGUAGCGAAAUCUGUGCGUUGAUUCACUUUCAACAGUGUGAUAAUCAGAAUCUGACAUUUCUGAUCUUUAUUAGGGAAGGAAAUUUCAUUGCAAUGAAACAAGAGCAUCCUGCGCAUCGAGAUGAGUUUGCAAACUUGCUUGGCCAACAAUACUCCAUCUCAGCCUGAUGGUCCAUAAUGAAUCAUAGGUUGUCAUCAAGGAGCUGAACUAUGCUACUUCUUGAGUAAUUGUGGGGAAGGCUGCCUGUCAAGAAGCUUACCUCAAAACUAGGUCAGAAGAAGCAGUUUGCUCAGCGUUGGGGUCAUAUUGCAUCUUCAGAAUGGAAUAUUCUGCUCCCCAAUAUAUGGGAUUUUAUUCACGGGAGAUAGUGAAAGGCUUGUUGGUAACAGUCUUUCUCACAUCUACAUUUUCUAAAACACCUGAUUUAUGUUCUUCCAGUGGUUAUUUUGUUUUCGAGCAAGCAAAUGCCCUGUGAUCAGAAAAGUACUGUGCUAUGUUGGAUUUCAUUUCCUUGUGACUUGUGCAGCCACUUGCUCCCAAUCUUUUUCUGACUGGCAUCUAAAUGGAGCCUCUACUCACAGCAGGUUUCAUUAUUGCCGAGCUUGACAUUUCCUAAGCUGCAGUAAACUCCCAGGAGAAUGCUGGCAGCUGCCAUCUCCUCCUCAUCUCUCAAAGGCUGGCUUGCCUGUCCACUGUGUCUCCAGCUGUGCAGUUGGGCUGCUGGGAUUCUACUACCCCUCUCAUCGUGCUUUCUAGCAGCCCUGCUCCUCUUGCAAAUGGCAGCUGCGAUGAGGGAGAGGGCUUGUGGAGACUACUUUAUAUGGGAUGCUGAAACUGUGAAAGCAGAUGAUGUUGGUAUAUAGACAAAAAUACUGAUAUUGACAUAUAUCACUAUGGUUGGAAUAAGCAAAAGGCUCUAUUUUGUUUUAAUGAUUCUUCUGUGCAAGUGUGUGAUUGUGUAGAACUGAACCCACUAGCACUACCCUUUCUGUUCUCGUAGCAUACACAAAGGAAUCCUGGAGGCAAACGUGUAAUAUCUAUCUCCUCUGCCUUGAAGUGCAUUUGUUGAAUUUUGUUAAAUUUCAAUAAAAUUGUUUGUAAAUCUGA